AUGCCGCGGUUCUUCACCUUCCUCGCCAUCUUCCUCCCCAUCCUCGCCGCUCUCUUCCUCUACCGCUCUUCCAUCGACCUCCGCGCCCUCGGCCUCCCUCUCACAUGGCCUCUCGCCGCCCACCCUGACCAAGAGCACUCCCUCCACUUCAACCAGGGAUCCGACCAGCAACCGUUCCAGCCCAUCGACGCCAUUGACACUGCAGUCCACAGCGCCCGACCCACACCCUCCGCUCCCGUAGUGCCGUCCCAUGUACCAGACGGAACCUACACUCGGCGUAUAGUCGCCGUUGGUGACCUCCAUGGGGACAUGCCCAACGCGCAGGAGGUUCUGCACAUGGCGGGCGUCGUGGAUGAGCACGGCAACUGGUCCGGCAACGUCGACUUCUUCGUCCAGACUGGCGAUAUCAUCGACAGGGGCGACGACACUAUCAAAUUGUACACGUGGAUGGACCAGCUGCGCGACCAAGCACGGGCUGUGGGCGGGACCGUUCUCUCCCAUCUGGGCAACCACGAGUGGAUGAACGCCAUUGGAGACUGGCGGUAUGUGUACCCCUCGGAACUGAUGACAUUUGGCUCCAUCGCUGCCCGCCAAAGGGAGCUCUCAGUCGGCCAUAUUGGACGUUCAUGGGCAGCGAACUACUCCACCGCCUCUCGUCUCCCCCUCCACCAGCUCCUCGGGCCACCGAACCUCGAUUUCACACCCGGCGAGCCGGGAUACCCUCUGUCUCCGCAGUCGCCCGUUUCUCACGCGGCGAUCUCGUUUUGCCAUGGCGGUCUCGCGCCAUCGUACCCCGACCUCAGCCCCUUCCCUUCGCGAAUCAACGAGCUCGGCGCGAGCCUGCUCAAGAAGCUGCAGCACCGACCUCAGCCGGCCCCUCAUCCCCCAUACCCAUACCCCGGGCUCCCCGCGGACGCCACGCUGGCCGAGCAGCGGAUGUACGGCGCGGACGGACCGCUGUGGUACCGCGGGUGGGCGCUGGACCCGGAAGAGAAGGUGUGCAAGGAGGUGGACGAUGUGUUGCAAAGGACAGGGACGCGGAGAAUGGUGAUGGGACACACGCCGGACUUCCAGAAAAUUGUGUCGCGAUGUGGCGGCAAGAUCAUUAUCAUCGACACCGGUAUCUCGCAUGCUUAUGGAGGUGCAUUAUCCGCGCUGUCGAUCACGUACACACUCACGCCCGAGUCGGACGAGAGCGGAAUGGCACGGUGGUCGGAAAACGAGGUCGUCAAGGCCGUGUACCAGGACAGGGAAGAGGUGUUGGCGAACGAUACGAGGGAGAUCGUGGGGAGCCUACUCUAG